AUGUCUCUUGCCUGUGCCGCAGCAGACUCCGUCGGCGAGAUCAUGCUGUUCGGGGUUCGAGUUGUUGUGGAUUCCAUGAGGAAGAGCGUCAGCAUGAACAACCUCUCACAGUAUGAGCAUCCCCAAGAGGCUAACAACAACGUCAACAAGGAUGUUCUCGCCGCUGGUUAUGCCUCCGCGGAUGAUGCUGUGCCUCAUAACUCUGGCCGCCAUCGCGAGCGUGAGCGGAAGCGAGGGGUUCCCUGGACAGAAGAAGAGCACAAGCUGUUUUUGGUUGGAUUGCAGAAGGUAGGGAAAGGUGAUUGGAGAGGAAUCUCCAAAAACUAUGUGAAAACCAGAACUCCGACUCAGGUUGCUAGCCAUGCUCAGAAGUACUUUCUCCGUCGAAGCAACCUGAAUCGCCGUCGCCGUAGAUCCAGCCUCUUUGACAUCACCACCGAGACGGUCUCUGGAAUUCUAAUGGAGGAAGAACAGUUCCAGAAUCAAGAUACCCUGUCUCAUUCACAAUCUGUGUGCCCUGCAGUCCCUGAAACUAGCAAAGUGGGUGGGUUUCCAAUGAUGCCAGUUUAUCAGUUUGGAGUUGGUUCUAGAGUGAUUUCAGUCCAAGGUGGAAACCCAAUAGGAGAACUCACCCUGGGACAAGGAAACAUAGAACACAAUGUGCCAACCAAUCUGGUCCGUGCAGUUCCUGUUGUUGCAGAUCCUAAAGUUUCCACAGUGUCUGAUAUCAUCACCGCAAGUUCUAGUUCUGCUGUUGACCCACCCACACUGUCCUUGGGGCUAUCCUUCUCUUCUGACCAAAGGCAAACAUCAUCAAGACAUUCAGCUUUACAUGCCAUACCAUGUUUCAGCAAUGGAGAUAGCAUCAUUAGUGUUGCCUAA